AUGCGCGCGCACGGCUGGGGCCGCCUAGCGGGAGCUGCACCGAGCCGACCGGCGUCCCUCGCCCCCACGCCGCCCCCGGUGCGCACCAUCGUGGCGUACUCGCAGCGCCGUCUCCACGAGCUGGCUCGCCGGCCGCCCCUCACCUGCGACUCCGACAUAGGGGCGCCGCCCCCAGUCGAUCGAGUCGGCGACGCGUACAGCGCGGACGGGUGGGAAGAGCUCCUGGCGGCCGGGUUCAGCGACGCCGGGUGGCCACCAGAGGCGUUCGGCCUCUCUGCGGCUGCACAGCCACUCGCCGGCGCUGGCGGACGCUCCACCGUCACCGAAGGGCGCGUCUAUGACACAGCUACAUCCGCAGUCGCUGAAAAUGUCAUCGAACGGGUGGAACGAACAGUGGAGCUGGGAGAAGUGCUCCAGGGCACUGUGUACGAUUUCAGUGGUUUUCCAACCAAAGAUAGCGGUAAUCAGUCCACAGCGGAUGCUGACUUCGAGGUACGUCAGCAGCUGCCCAGAAGAGACAGCCUUGACGACAGGGGUGGCCUCGCCGACUAUGGUGGUUCGCUGCCGCCUGACGUGCGGACAGCUGUGUGGCCGGUGGCUCGCCAGUGGGGCAGCGUGCCGGGCGGCGGGGCGUGGCUGCUGUCCCGCCUCUUCUGCCGGCUGCGGCUCACCGGGGACUCGGCCACCGUGCUGCUGGAGGCGCAGCCCACGGCGCUGUGGCCCGCACAGUGGGGCGACGGCGACCCCGACUCCCAGCCCUACUUGCUCUCCUGCUCGCUGCCUGCAAACCUCACCGUCGACCAGGUGGAAUCAGUGUCGGUGACUGCUGACCACCCCUGCGCACCCCCCAGCCAAGAGCUUCCUCUGGAGCCGCCACUCGUCCCAGAAGACCGCCCAGGGGCCAACAGGAGGGACUUCGCCGUCUGCCUCAAGGCUCUGCACUUCCCAGGUGAUGUGAUUGCAAUUGAGAGGCCAUAUGCUUCAGUGCUGUUAGAUGAUGCAUACUACACCCACUGCUACAACUGUUUGCUACGCUGUAAUGCACUGAUCCCUUGUGAAACAUGUUCCAUGGUGAUGUUCUGCAGUGACGAAUGUCAAAAUGAAGCACUAGAGAAAAGUCAUUCUGUUGACUGUUCAAUUUUGGCACCACUUACCAGAUAUGGAAUCGAUAAAAUGGGAAUGUUGGCAGUAAGGAUUAUAUUGACUGCAGCAGCUUAUGGAAAAAAAUUAAAUGAGCUGAUCAGUGAAAUACAAUCUUUUGAAAUGGAGACAUCUGCAGAUAAACGAACAAAAGGUUUCAGCAAAGAUGGAAAAUAUCAUUCUGAUGAAUAUACAACAAUUUAUCAUCUGGUUGGCAAUACAGACAAACGAACUGUAGGUGAUUUGUUUAAGCGUGCUGUUAAUGCUGCAUGUAUAUUGCAUUGUUUUGAAGAGUACUCACAUUUCUUCAAUCCAGAAAAUGCUUCAAGUUAUAAACAGUUGCCUGAUUCAGGAAAGAACAAGGGAAGUGAAGGUCAUCAGAGCCCUCAAGAUUUUCAGAAGGAAGCCAAACUUAUUGUUGGUGGUCUUUUAUUGAGACAUUUACAAAAUUUACCAUGCAAUGCUCAUGAAGUUUCAGAAUUUAUACACAUUUCUGCAGUAACCCAAAACAAAGAAAAGUUUGAUUUAGACAUGAUAGAAAUAGGAGCUGCAGCAUAUUCUUUUUUAAGUUUGAUAAACCACUCAUGUGAUCCAAAUGUUGUGAGGAAUAGUCAUUGUGGAAGCACAGCUGUUCUGAGAGUCAUAAAACCAAUCAAGAAAGGUGAACAGGUCUUUGACAAUUAUGGUUAUCAUUAUGCAACUCAUAGCCUUGAGGAAAGGCAGUUACAUCUGAGUUCACAGUACUUUUUCACGUGCAUGUGUGAACCAUGCACCGGUAAUUGGCCUUUAUAUGUCAGUCUCCCGAGUGCACAGCUAUUGCUUAAAUGCACUCACUGUAGCACUAUGCUAGAAGAUAACUUUCCAACCAACCCGUCUGAAGGAAAUUUGGUUACAUGCACAAUGUGCAAGGGUGUGAAUGAUGUUGUCAAGAGGAAGAAAGUGUUAAUGGAGUCAUCAGAUCGAUUUAUGGAGAAUAUAUCAGCUGUCUUACGUGGCCACACCGAGGGUGUUGCUACCAGUUUAGUAACUCAUUUGACAUUGUUGCAUGAAAAUGUACUAAGACCAUGGAAAGAAUACAAUGACUGUCAAGAAGCAUUGAAGCAGUGCUUCAAUUUUCUUGGAAACUGUUAUACCAUUUGAUUAAUAAAUAAAAAGUUGGUGUCUUUCUAAUCUUUCUGU